CAAAAAUAUCUAGCUUAUUCAUUACCCCUUGUCCAUUAACAACUAUAUCCAAUAAAGAUCUUUUCAAGUUGACUUAACAACCUAUACACUCAUUGGACUACCAUAUUCAGGUCGGAACCUCGCACAGGUUAACCCGAUCCUUGUUAGUGGUAAGGGAAAUCUCUAUCCUCAAAGUGCCCCUAGUGGAAAUUGAAACCCCAACCUUGAAGACGCAAUUCCAACCACUAGGCCAAACUUAGCUUGGUACAACAAAAGCACAAUAUGUAGACACACAAACACUAAAGUUCAAAAAUAAGCAUCAAACCAACUUCAUGAUCAUAAGUUAUGGGCUCUAAAGUCUAAACACUUGGACUUCUACUUUGAUAGUUUUGCAGUAAUCUUUGACCACUAACCUUUCUUAUCCAUGCUUCAAUAUCUUACUUCUAUAUAAUUUGCUAAGAUUUUAUACUAUAAAUUAAAAUUCUUCCACAAAAAAAUAAAAAGAAAUGUCUUGUUUAACGGAUUUACCUGAUGAAUGUAACGCGCAUAUCUUAUCACUGACUUCAGUGAGCGAUGUCCUGCGAUCGUCGGCAGUAUCAAAGCAGCUUUUAUCAGUCUGUGAAUCCGACACUGUGUGGGAGAAGCUUCUGCCGUCUGAUUUAGAUGAUAUUCUGGUUCAAUCAUCAACACCAAAUCUUGUUCAACAGUUUAUUUUAAAGAAGAAUCUUUUCCUCCAUCUCUGCCGUUUUCCUGUACUCUUGAAAACUGACACUCAGGCAAUUUUAUACGAGAACAUCCAAACUCCAACUUUGCAAAUUUACCAUAUGGGGAAUCUUUCUUUCACCAACCAUCUGGUCGUUGUUCUAAUGGACUUCUCAUCAUUGAUUAUAUCAAGCUUCUCCUUAAACAAGCAAAGUGGGAAAAAAUGCUACAUGAUUGGUGCUAGGGACCUCACAAUUGCAUGGGGGGACACCCCUCAAUAUUGGAGUUGGAAAGUCGUACCUGAAUCAAGGUUUCCAGAGACCGCUGUGCUCCAAGACGUGUGUUGGCUAGACAUAAGCGGAAAGUUUCACGUCAAAUUUCUUUCACCAAACACUACUUAUGGGGCAUAUUUUGUGUUUAAGAUGGAUGUUAACAAUCAUCGGGGAUUCGAUAAUACGCCAAUGAACGUAUUUAUAUCUGAGACUGAUGAACAUGGGUUGUCCAGACAAUGUGACAUUGUAGUCUUUAAGCGCUUUUAUCUCAAGGCACCAACAGUUAGGAGACGUUCACGAAAGCCAAAAGAACUCCCAACUGAGAGGGAGGAUGGAUGGAUGGAAGUAGAGAUGGGUAGGUAUCAUCAUAUUGGUGUUGACGAAGGUGCUCAUGAAGGGAUGGCGGUGUUGAUGACAUUGAGGCAGAUUGACGAACUUCAUUGGAAAAGUGGUCUUGUCGUUCAAGGUAUUGAACUCCGUCCUUUGGAUGGAUUAAUGCAAUGAUAGCGAUGGCACAGCUACAUUAUACUUCCUCUGUUUUCUAAUACUUGCAAGAUAGUAGUGAAUCUACUUGAUUAAUUGCAUGUUAAAAAGGACGGAAACUGUAUCUAGAUUUCGAUAAAAAGAAAAAUCGCAAUAUUAGUCUUUACUCAAUUAUGUCUGGGAAGAAUGCUGAUACAGUGCUUGUUGUCAUUCCUAUCUCCAACAUACAAUAGAUCACCAGAUCAUGUGUUCAUUAAUUUAGUGUGUCUGUACUUUUGUCUUACAGUUGCAACUAUCUACAAGUGUACUGGUAAGAUUCCA